AUGGUGACGCCGAUUCCAGUCCAGAUCCUUGAUGGAGGGCUGGGGACCACUCUGGAAGAUUUACAUGGCAUCACCUUCUCGUUCGAAACUCCGCUCUGGUCAUCACAUCUCCUAGUUUCCGGCGAGGAAGACAAGCUGUUGGACUGUCACGAGGCAUUCCAAAAGGCAGGAGCAAACAUCAUUUCCACCGCCACUUACCAAACAUCAAUCAAUGGGUUUGCUGCAACCAAGGCGCCGAAAAGUGGAGCCCCCGACGGCAUUGGGAAGGAAGGAAUCCCUCAUUUCCUGAACCGUGCAGUCGUUCUUGCUGCAAAUGCAGCGGGGAAGGAGGGAAAGGUUGCCUUGGCUCUCGGUCCUUAUGGCGCCACCAUGAUUCCAUCGACCGAAUACAGUGGGAAGUACGAUCCUGGACACCAAGAUGCGCGGGCCUUGGAGGAAUGGCACAAGAAGCGUCUGGAUCUGUUCAAGGACGUUAACACCAACCAAGUCAACUACAUUGCCUUUGAGACGGUUCCCAGACUCGACGAGAUUGUUGCCAUCAGAAACCUGCUCUCCACUGACAAGAUCCCAACAUCCCUCCGCGGACGCCCCGUGUGGAUUUCCUCACUCUAUCCAAACGAUGACGAAAAGCUCCCAGACGGCAGCACGGUAGAGGAGGUCGUCAGAGCCGCUCUUACGCGCAGGGAAGGCUUGGAGACUCCCUGGGGAAUUGGCAUCAACUGCACAAAGGUGGAAAAGCUCGACUCCUUGGUCAGGCGAUACGAAGCUGCCCUACAGUCCUGCAUCGACAACGGGGAACCGAUGGACUGGCCAAGCUUGGUCCUUUAUCCAGACGGGACAAACGGAGAGGUCUACAACACGAUCAACAAGACUUGGGAAUUGCCUCCAGGACAGAAACAGCCAGAGGCCCCCUGGGAAGUGAUCCUCACCAACGUUGUCGGAGCCGCACGUCAAAGAGGAAAAUGGAAGUCCAUCAUCGUAGGAGGCUGCUGCAAGACGUCCCCCGAGCUCAUUCGGAAGUUGCAGAAGACUCUACAAGAUCGCGGCUACAUGUCAACAUCUCCAGCAGCGUAG